AUGGAUAGAGUAAAGUUGAAUGUGUCCGGGACGUAUUUCGAAUUUGAUAAAAAAUUAUUAAAGGAAGGAAAAAGUCCAAAGUUAACUAGAAUAUGUAGCGAGUCACGAAAGGAGGGUAUACCGAUGGAAGCAACAGUGGACUGCUCGCCAUUUGUAUUUGGUUCGAUCCUGGCAUACCUUCAAAUGGGAGAGCUUCAUAUUCCGCCGGGAGUUUGUCCCGGUGCAUUUCGCCGGGAAAUGGAAUUCUGGGAGUUGGAUUAUGACUGUCUCCAUUCAUGCUGCGUGUUCAGAUAUCAAUCAUUCCUGGACGAAGAAAAGACGAGAGAGGAAUUUUUUCGUAAAGCUCAUCCUGCGAAAACAAUGGUGGCACCAAUAUCCACGCUUCCUGUUUCCGGUUAUGCGUCAAGAUGUAAAUCAAAACUAUGGGGAAUCAUUGACAACAACGAGAACUCUAUACCAGCAAAGGUGCGGGACAUUAUUGGCCAACCAAUCUGUACGGAAAAAGGAUCGUGGUUAAUAGCUGCUGGUGAUUGGGACUUUGACUACUUUGAUUAUGACAACUAUGAUUGGGAUAAGCCUAAGGAUUUAUUACUGUAA